GCCUUGUCACCAUCCGCCCUAUGCACCUGCGGAGUGUUCCAGCCACUAUCAAAACAAAACCCAAUAUCUUUAAUUUCCCUUUGAUUUUCAAUCCCCGAUACUUUCCUUCGACCGUCUCAUUAUUAGAUGGAUGGAUCCAGUGGACCAGACCAAUAGUAUCUCGCCACAUUACCCUCUUGUAUUUAAAUAAUUCAGGGCGUGUGCUGUUGGAGUGUUGCGACCGUGAGUUCGGGUCCCCGCACGGCUUACAGCUACGGUGACCUGCUCCAAAUCUCCUUGGUCCGACUGCCGAUUCUCUGACCGUCCUACAUAAGUCCUUGCGGGAUAGGAAUCUUAGCUCACCGUAAACGAAGCCGAACCCACCUUGUUAGGCCUCUUGGAGGCUGUUAUUCGGAGCGGAGUUUUCUGAUCUCUUAAGUUCAAAAGGAGAGGACAAAAUCACAAACACCGGGUAGAUUUGUGUAAUUUUCUUCUUUGGGAUUAAAGAGAUGCUGGGAUGCGGAGGACUUCUUCAUUGCUCGCCUCCUUACCCGUCUCUUCUUCAGCGAGAGAUGCCGCUGCCUUUCGAACUGAGCGCCGUGUCAUCCUUCCACCAUCGCCUAGAAGGAAUGCUGCAUCAUCUUCUCGUGAAACCGCCCCCAAUAAGAACAUCCGGGGUGGAAACCCGGAGUUGCAAAGCCUGGUGAUCGAACGAUGUCUAUCGGAGGCUCUUACAAUCGAAGAUGCGAUCGAUUUGUUUGGCACUGCAGCGAGUGCGAGCCCGAAACCCUCCAUCUAUGCCAUCAACGUCCUCCUCAACGCCAUCCGUCGAACGAAGCAUUACCCAACUGUUCUUUCUCUAUAUAACAAACUAAAUCAAUUGCAAGGAAUCCCGCCCAACGUCUACACAUAUGGAGUCCUUAUCAACUGCUGCUGUCGCAUGAAUUGGGUGGAUUUGGGCUUCGGCGUCUUCGGGGACCUCCUGAAACGUGGCCAUGUCCCCAACGCCAUAAUCUUCAACUCUCUUGUCGAUGGUCUCUGCUCCGAGAAGAGGGUAAGCGAAGCAGCCACGAUGUUCGAUAAAAUGUCUCUGCUGGGAUGUCAACCUGAUUUGUUCUCAUACAGUGCUCUCAUCAAGGGGCUGUGCAGCAUUGGGAGCAUGGGCUUGGCAAUGGAGCUGCAUCAGAAAAUGGCCACCUUGGGAGGUUGUUGCAAGCCCAAUGUGGUUACAUAUACCACAAUUAUCGAUUACCUUUGCAAAGAGGGAUCUGUAAGCAAGGCUCUUAAACUGAUCGAUGAAAUGACUCGUGCUGGUGUUGCCCCAGAUGUUUGCACUUAUAACAGCAUCAUUCAUGGGCAUUCGACCUUAGGCCACUGGAAAGAGGCUGUCACUGUUUUCAAGGAAAUGGUCGAUCGAGGCCUUUCACCCAAUGUAGUGACAUUCAGCAUACUUAUGGAUCUACUUUGCAAGCAUGGGAAGACUGCAGAAGCCCAUAAACUACUUGACUUGAUGAAUGAAAAAGGUGAAAAGCCUAACAUCAUCUCAUAUACUACAUUGGUGCAUGGAUAUUGUCAGGAGAGCUGUCUCGUAGAUGCAAGGAAAGUUUUUGAUUCCAUGUCAGAUAAAGGUCUUUCUCCAAAUUGUCAUACAUACUCUGCCUUGAUUAAUGGAUUCGUCAAGAAUCAAAAAAUGGAUGACGCUAUGGAGCUAUUCAAGAAAAUGCAACGACAAGGUUUGAAGCCUAGUGUUGUUACCUAUAAUACUUUACUAGAUGGACUAUGCCACCUUGGAAGAGUGGAGGAUGUUGGAAGCCUCCUUGAUGAGAUGGUUGCACGAGGGAUCCACCCAAAUGUAAUCACUUACACCUCUAUGAUAUGUGGUUUUGGUAGAUUUGGGAAGUGGAAAGAGGCUUUUCAGUUUCUAAACGAAAUGAUAGAGCGAGGAAUCCAUCCUAACAUCACGACACUAAAUGCAUUGAUCAAUUUCAUAUGUAAAGAAGGAAAGGUUCAAGAGGUGCAUAGAUUAUUGGAAAAGAUGAUUAGUGGGGGUAUGGAGCCUAAUGUUGUUACUUAUAGUACACUAAUGGAUGGUUACUGUAUGGUAGGGCAAAUGAAUGAUGCAGCGAGAGUCUAUGAUUCAAUGGUUUCAAAAGGCCAUAAGCCUGAUACUGCAGCAUACAAUAUAUUAAUUGAUGGAUAUUGCAAAAGGUGGAGGAUUGAUAAAGCUUUGAGUCUCUUUAAUGCAAUGCCUCGUAAUGGAGUGCAGUGCACAACAAUUGUAUACAACACCAUAUUAGCUGGAUUGUACCGUGUUGGUAGGGUUGCUGAUGCUGAAAAAUUCUUUGACAAGAUGCUUGCUGCUAGGGCAUGUCCAGACCUUUACACAUACAACAUAAUCUUGGAUGGGCUUUGCAAAAACCAGUGUAUUGAUAAAGCUAUGAAGCUAUUUCAAGAUGCAUUAUCAUCUAAUGUUAGUCUGAACAUUAUCUCUUUCACCACCCUAAUUGAUGGUUUGUUUAAAGCUGGUAAAAUCAAUGAAGCCAAAAAUCUCUUCAAUGCUAUGCCUACCACCAAAGAUUUGAAGCCGACUAUUGUCACAUAUACAAUAAUGGUGAAAGGACUAAUAAAGGAAGGGUUGUUUGAUGAGGUUGAUUAUUUGCUCUUGGACAUGGAGAAAUCUGAUUGUCCUGCAAAUUCUGUCAUGUUCAAUGUCAUGGUUCGUUGUUUGCUGGAGAAAAAUGAGAUAGCAAAAGCAAUGGAAAUUAUUAGAAAAAUGAAGGAGGAAAGCUUUUCUUUUGAGGAAUCAACUGCUUCUCAGGUAUUCGAGGCAUUGUCAAAGAAUGGACAGUAUCAUGAUUAUCUAAAGUUGCUUCCAGAUUUUUCCAAGCACCAUGCAAAGUGAUGAAGUCAUCAUGAAUCGUUAAUACGAGUUUGCUAAUAAUUGUACAACAAAUGGAUAUUUCAACUAAGUUGCCUUUUUUGUGAGAUCUGAUUCUAUCAUGAGUGCGGACAGACUACUAAAUAAUAUUUAGCCUUGAAUGCCAGAUCCAGCUCUUUUAGGAACUAUGGUUCUGGAAAUAGGUUUUGUAUGUCAGUGGACCUACUCCAGUGGUGUUGUCAGGGAACUGGAACCAUUGUGGUUAUGGGAAGAGUUGUGCCGAACGAUCAUAUUCUGCCUUAGACAAUGGCAUUGCGAUGGCCACCAUUGAGGGGGAAGCCAGGCAUCUGAAUUUGAUCGUGGUUGCUUUGGAGCAGAUGAAGAGACAAGUUCUACAUGUUCUUUGAAGAAAAUGGUAGAAUUGUGGCAAAUCUGAAGGGUGAAAUGCAGAAGUCAAUAUUACUGAACUUACUGGAAGGAUUGUGCUGAUAUUUGGCAUGGAUUGCAGCUCACAUUUGCAUCCAGUGUGACAAGCAAUGAGGAUCCAAAUUCAUGCAGACAUUCCAGAUUGUGAGUGUGGUAUCACAAGCACCUUCAGUUGUAGUGAUGAAAUAGGCCACUGGUUGUGAUCAAUUGAGAGGUUAAAGAUGUUUGCCAGGGAACAAUUUGAAGAUGCCAUGAAAUCUUCUGCAGUGACUAUUUGUCAAUUGAAAGUCUUUCAAAACCAGCUGCCUUGUUAAACUUCACCUUAUUGGACACAUUAUUCGGAUUGCCAAGGAGGAGGAAGUCCUGAUCCAGAGGAGGUCAUGGCUGUUAUUGUCAACUUGCAAUUAUGAUGGGGUCUACGUGUACUUUGAAGGCAUGCCUGCAAAGAGGUUGAUAAUUUCAGAUGGUGAAUUUUGUGCCCCUUGACUUGAAAAAAGCGAGCAGGUAUACCCUUGUUGCUACUGAAGUCUUUUGAUUUGCGACUCAAGGUUAAAAUUGUUAUGUAUUUACUUUCUGAUUUUUUAAUGCUUCAAUCCUUGCACCUAGAGGGAAAAAAAUGACAGUGCUGAUAUAUCUGAACUGCCAAAAUAUGUUAUGGUGGGUGCAUACAGAUCGAGAAUUGAUUUGCAUGGUCAUGACAGAUCUUGAAAAGUAACCAAAAUUUGAUAGGGCAUAGGUUAUUAAAGCAUAAAUUAAAGUAAAACGAUGGACUCUUGCCAUUCAAUUGCCCAUCUGAUAUUUUAGGUGCUUAGGCUGUUAUA